GCAAUACGUGCUGCCAUCUUCGACAGUGUAUAUACGUCAUAAAAUUGACAACUUUAAAUUGUAAAUAAUAAUAAGAAAAAGGCAUUAAAAAUAAAGGGAUUGGGCUCUUAAGAUCGCUUUAUAUACCCGAUAGUAAGUGUGAAAAAAAAACGUAUACAUAUAAUCGUAGCGCGUCAUAAAACACGCAAAAAGGUUUUCUCAGUAUGCAAGAAAAAAAUAUUUUACAUGGACCGUCAUUGCCUGAUUUGGAAUUCAAGAAUAUAACAUUAGGACAAUUGAUAUUAAAUCAAUUAAGUAUUCGUGGUUCUUGGGUAGCGCAGAUAAAUGCUUAUACAGGAAAAUCACAAACUUUUAAAGAUAUUUUAGACAUUAGUCGGAAAUUGGCAAUUGCCUUUAAUAAAGAAGGGCUAAAAAAAGAUGAUCGAAUAGCUAUAUGUAGUGAAAACAAUCUAGAAUUUUGUCCAGUUGUAUGUGCUGCAUUUUACUUGGGUAUUACUGUCUGCCCAUUAAAUCCACUUUAUACAGAAAGAGAAUUAAAACAUGCAUUAAAUAUAUCAAAACCAAAAUACAUUUUUGUAUCAGCAAUCGGAGCAAAGAACAUAUACAAAGUUAUUCCUCAGCUAUUCUGGCAACCAAAGCUUAUAAUGUUAACAGAAUCCAUAGAUAGUAAAUUACCAAGUAUUAAGACUCUAACAUCAAACAUAAUUAUUGAUAACAACCUCCAUGCCUGUUCUGUAGAUGUUAAUGAUCAUGUGACAGUUAUUUCAUGCUCUAGUGGCACUACAGGAUUGCCGAAAGGAGUAAUGUUAACAGACAAAAACUUUUUGUCUGUGAUAAAAAAUCUUGCAGUUGCAUCGCCUAAUAUUGUAAAUACCAAUACAACAGGUUUAGCUUUAUUACCAUUCUUCCAUGUGUAUUCAUUUUCCGUGAUGCUGGUAGCACUCCUUUUUGGAAAUAAAAACGUGAUUCUUCCACGUUUUGAAGAGAAACUAUUCUUACAUGCCAUAGAAAAGUACAAAAUCGAGCACAUAACUGUUGUACCACCACUUAUGGUGUUUUUAGCGAAACAUCCUAUUGUAGAUAAAUAUAAUUUAUCUAGCAUUAAAGAGAUUUGGUGUGGUGCAGCACCUUUAUCUGAGGAAAUUGCAAAGAUGGUUGUAAAGAGAUUAAAUAUGCCAAUAAUAAAACAAGGAUAUGGAUUAACAGAAACUACUUUGGCAGUGAUAAAUUCACCUGAUAAUAAUACGAAAUAUACGAGUGUAGGAACGUUAGUACCAGGAGUAUCAGCUAAAGUAAUACCAAUUGAUGGAGAUGAAUCAAGUAAACCCCUAGGACCAAACAAUAUAGGAGAAUUAUGUUUCAAAGGAGAUAUAAUAAUGAAAGGAUACUGCGAUAAUGAACAAGCUACCGCGGCAACAAUCGAUAAAGAUGGUUGGUUGCAUUCAGGCGAUGUAGGAUAUUACGAUGAACAAGGCUAUUUCUAUAUAGUAGAUCGUAUGAAAGAACUUAUUAAAUACAAAGGAUUUCAAGUUCCACCAGCUGAAUUAGAAGCAAUAUUAUUAACUUGCCCUGAAAUUAAAGACGCGGCGGUUAUUGGACUACCGCAUGAAGAAGCAGGCGAACUACCGGCUGCUUUUGUUGUUAAGCAAGAAGGAUCUAAUAUAACAGCAGAAGAUAUUAUUAAAUUCGUAAAUGAGCGUGUAUCAAGCCAUAAACGACUUCGAGGUGGUAUUAAAUUCAUUGAAAGUAUUCCACGAACUGCAUCGGGAAAAAUCCUACGACGAAUCCUGCAUGAUACACUCAAAUCAAAAUUCAACCUUAACCAUUUUAAAAUCCAAUUAUACCUUGUAGUUGUAAUUAUUCUUUUUCCUUCUGGUGGAGGAGUUGGUGCAAACCCACCAAAUCCCACACCAUUAAUACCCCAGAGACUAUUGCUGUUCAAAGGAAUAAAAACAAUGUUAUAUCAUAAAUUAAUAACAUUAUCGAUUUCAUGUACAGUACAAGUUAGGAAAUUGCAUAAUAAUGUCAUUCACUCUUUGACAAGAAAGCGUAUUUCAUAUUUAAGUUUUAUGCAAUUAUCACAGUACAAAAACAACUCAAACUAUUUACAUACAGAAAAUGAUGAGAUUAAAAAUAUUCCUCUAGCACUCUCCGAAUAUUUAAAUGAUAUGAAUCCAAUAUUUAGGAAGAAAGUUAUAAAAGAUUAUUUGUCAUUAAAAGUAAAUAGGGCCGAUCCAUAUUUAAUAAAUGAUAAUGUAAGCAAUGAGUUUACCAGAUUGAUUAAAGAUGAUUUAUUAGAAAAUAUGUGUUAUGUGAUUGAAUUAAACCCUGGCUAUGGUUUAUUAACAAGAAGGUUGUUAGAAGCUGGUGUAUCAUUUAUACAUUUGUAUGAAAGUCAUGAUGAAUUUCAUGACGAACUACAAAGUUUAAAAGCAAUCUUUCCUAAUCGAGUUAACAUAACACAAUUAAAUCUUCUUAGGAUGAGCAAAAUGUCAGGUUUAAAUAACUCAUAUGAUAUGCCUAAUAAGCCUAAUAUACACUUAUGUAAACUAUAUAAUAAUGUACCAAAAAGAGAAUGGGAAGAAGAAAGUUGUAUGCAAAUAAUUGGAACAGUAACUAAAUCUAUAUUUAUAAGACACUUAGUAAUAAGUGUAAUAUUUCAAACAGGCUUCAUGAUGCACGGAAGACCAAUUUUUUAUCUUGCAUUAUCACCAUCUAUAUGGAAUUAUAUUAAAUGCGACGCUAAAAGAAGUUCAACUUUAUAUAUUAUGUUUAACAUACUAUUUAAUGCUACAAUGUUUGGAACAUUAGAUAGAAAAGGAUUUCUACCAUGGCAACAAAUCAGAAAAGUAAAGACUAGAACGCUUACAUUUGAGGAUGAUAAUCAACUACUUUAUGUUGUUAAAUUAGAACCAAACUCUAAUCUUUUAUCAUUAUUUGGUGGAAGGGAACAACUGAUAUAUUUUUGGCAUUUUGUUCGAUUUUGUUUCUAUAGGCCAUCAUUGAGGAUAAUACCAACAUUGGAGAGAAUAAUACCAGGUUUUGGUGAAAGAUUAAUAGAACAAGAUUACAAUAUAUUUACUCAGUUUAAGGAAUUGAAUAUUAAUCAAAUCAUUGAUCUUUAUAUGCAGUUUAAAUCUUAUCCAGGAUUUAAUGAAAGUUCCUUUUUAGCAAGUGGAAAUAAUAUUAGAAGAAUGUAUGAUCCAUAUAUGCAAGCAGAAUGAAGUUAAUCAGUUAUGAAUGUGAUGAAGCACUUAAUAAACUUAAAAUACAGAAAAAUA